GUUGACAUCAGCGGCCAUUCUGGUUUACGCUGCCGUGCAGGUUAGACGUGUGGAUGUGCUUCGAAGUGAGAUAGUAGUGGUGCUCAAGGAUAUACUUCGUAUUUAGUGCUUUGUGUUGUUGAUAUUAGUUAUGAGUUGACGAUUUGACUCUUAACUACCAUCGAAAAUUGUGAACUGUGUUAUAUGACUAUUUGUGAAGUUUGUUAGUAUUUUGUGUGAAUCAAGCUUCAGACUCGUGGACACUAUGGCAACCGAUGCCCAGAGAUUGAUAACCAUAUCUCUUACAAAAAUCGCCCAGUCUCGCUCUCAGCGUGGUGGUGUCAGUCUACACAAAAAUCUUCUAGUGGCAACAGUUCUUCAGAAGGCGAGGUUCAUGUUCAUGGAGGAAGCUUUCAACAUGGUAAACAGCCCGACCACAUCUGUUGGAGGUUACUCUGCCAGCACACCAGAGGUACAAGAAUACAACUAUAUCGAUGACGACAACCUGGUAGCCUUGACAGCAGAGGAAGCUGGGGUAAAUGCUUCAUCUUCACAGCCAUCUUCAGAAGUAGAAUCUGCUUCAGGUGACCUCGGUUUUUUACAAUCACCCAUUACUUAUAUAAGAUGUCCUGAUGCUUUAGAAGCAAACAAGGAGAAUCAUGCUCCUUCGCCCUACUGUCCUCAAACGGGUGAAGCUCCAACUUAUCUUGAUCUUGACAAAGCCCCAAGGGAACAAAGUGUUGUUAUCCUGAGAGAAAGAACACCCUGUUCAUCUACAAGAUGCUUGAAGAGGAGAAGAGCUGUCGCCGAGUGGGAGACUGAGGAAGCUGUUUUAUCCAUCUUACCCAAACGCCACAAGUCUGGGUUGGAAAGCGACAGCAGUAGUAGCAGCGAUGACUCCGUUUUCCUGGACGACUCUACUCUUUUCUCCGAUUGUGAAGAUGUCAGCGAUGGGGGAUCGACUAACAUGGAAAUUGACAGAAUUACGAGUUUGGUGUCCAUCUUCAGCUUUGGUGGACUGAGCGGUGCAACCAGUGGUAGUGUGACAGACCUUAGUUCGAGCACAGGCUUGGGUAAGCUCACGAGAUCAACUUCCACACCAGACCUCUGUUCGGCACAGGCCAAAGAAAGUGUGGAUGCGUUACAGCAAAGACCUUUCCUUGCCAUGACCGUGUAAAUUUUUGUACUAUAUUCAACUGUAUCAUAUGUAACUUUUAAAUGUUAUGUUUAUAGAUAAAUGGCCUCUAAGGUCAGUCAUUCUUUAAGUUUAUACUUAGUAAUUUUUAAUUGCACAAACUUUAAAAUCUUUUCCUGCAGGCGAAGGCAAAAGAGCGAUUAUUGUGCCCUUUACGGAAUAUACUGACAUGACCAUUGUAACUUUAGCCCAAUUGAUUUAUUAAAAGAAUUUAAUAGGCCUAACUUGAUGAUUUUUUUAUAUUUAUUGGUCAGAUAGGCCUAUUCAGAACUCUGGAUUUUGAAGAUUGCUUUUAGUUAAUCUUUAUUAAUGGAAUAGGAAUAAUGUUUUACUGAGGGUUGUAACGCCUACUGCAAUGCUACGUUUAAUGUUUCCCGAUUGUUUUUAAAGUAUCAAGGCUCACUAGCCUUAGUUUAUAGGCUACUUGGCCUCUUAAAUUCUGUAUACAAAUUGAUAUUUUAUCUUGAGUUCCAUUUAAUUUACUUUAAGGUAGCCUAGAUGAAUAUUUUUGGGGUAAGUUAUUUAUUUCUUAGUUUUCUCAUGCUAAAGAUUGACUGGCCACUGAAGUUACCAAUAGGCCUUUAUUUUAUUAAACGUUAGAAUAUUUUUCUAUUCUGGUAUUUUGCCAAUGUGAUAUAGUAGAAAUGUUUAUUACAUGCACACAUUUUAUAUUACUCAGAUUGUGUUACUUGUGGAUAAGCUGUAUAUAUCUUGUUGGAUUAAUCAAAGUGUAUAACAUGGUGUACUGCUAGGACAGUCUACCAAAUCUGUAGGCCUAACUGGUGGCUCUGUUCAUGAAAUUUGCGGUUUUAGUAGUCAUUUGCUGAUGUUGCCAAUUAUAUUUUCGUUAACUUAGAUUUUCCAAAUCUAGUUGAAUUGGUGGCCUUUGCGAUUAACUAUUGAAUGUUGUUAUAAAUUUGUUUUACACAACAAGUCUAGAGUCUGUUAAUAGUUACUUUGUGCACCAAGUACUUUUUUAUUUUGACAAAUUUUACACCUAGAGGUUUUAUAGUUCUGUAUUUUAUCAUAUUUAUUGUUCUUAAAUUCUUUAGCAAUGUUUAAAGUGGAUUUUUCAACAAUUAUCUGCUAGACAUUUAUUUUUUUUACUUGUGUUCAUGAGCACAAUUUUGUAUAAAGUACCAGCUCUGUUUUAAGAGUCUGUUGUGUAUUUUGUAAUAUAUGAUUUGCUAUAUGAAAAUAAAACAGAUUUAUAUGAA